AUGACAGUACCACCGGGUGAAAACAAGCACAGUCAAGUCCGCUCCCUGGAUGCUGUUGAGGUCGUUGAACAGGACAGUCUUGGUCGUAUUCAAGGCCAACAGAAUGGAGCUACGUGGGGUUUAGAUCGAGUUGAUCAGCGUAAUUUACCAUUAGACAACACUUUCAAAUAUCCCGAUGACUUUCAGGGCAAUGGUGUGAAUGUGUAUGUGAUGGACUCUGGUGUUAACAUCAACCAUGGUGAGUUCGGGACUCGCGCCAAGCUACUGUAUGGCGUCGCCGACGACCAUGGCCACGGCACUCAUUGCUCUGGAACUGUGGGCGGUGCGACCUAUGGAAUAGCCCGCCAAUCCACCAUUCAGAGCGUCAAGGUGUGCGACAGAUACGGUGGCUGUCCUGUCAGUGUCUUUGUGACUGGUUGUGAUAGUGUCAAGGCCCACAAUCAGAGUCCAAAGGGAGUGGUCUCAGUGUCACUCCGGUUCCCAGCCUCUAAAUCUAUUGACAAUGCUGUGACUGCUCUUUGGAAUGCCGGCUAUGUAGUGUCCGUUGCUGCUGGUAAUGAUGACACCGACGCUUGCACGUACUCGCCAUCAAGAGCCGCAAGCACAAUAACCACCGGGGCAACUGAUAAGUACGACGCACGAGCUUACUUCUCCAACUACGGUACUUGUGUUGACAUCUUUGCUCCCGGUGUUGAAAUCUUAAGCGCCGGCUACGCAUCCGACACUGGCACUACUAUCAUGUCCGGAACAUCCAUGGCUUGCCCUCACGUAUCAGGUCAAGUACUCGUCUGUUCGCAUUGA